AACGUGCAAAACGAAAGUCUGAGGGAAACAAGUGCACAUGGUGAGAAGACUGAAGGAACAGCACAGCACAAACAGCAAAGGGCAGCAUGAGCCAGUGGAAGCAGAUCCAGCAGCUGGAGAUCAGACUCCUGGAGCAUGUGGACUACCUGUAUGAUGAUAACUUCCCCAUGGACAUCAGGCAGGGUCUGUCCAGCUGGAUCGAGACUCAGGAUUGGGACACGGCAGCCAACGAGGAGUCCAUGGCGGGGGUUCUGUUCACCAACCUUCUGUCCCAGCUGGAUCGAGUGCGCUCACAGGAGCAGAACUUCUUACAGAGACACAACAUGAAGAUCAUACAACAGCAGCUACAGGUGAAAUACACAUCAAACCCCACGGUCAUGGCCCGGGUGAUCUCCACCUGCCUGAGGGAGGAGCGGCGGAUCCUCUCCAGCGCCUACAUGCAGGAACAGGUUUGUCGUUUGUUUCUGAGAGGGAAAGUCCCUCCAGUUCCUUCAUAACGUCUGCUGCUGGUAAACCAGAGCUGCUGCCAGGAAAACACUGCUGCAAACUACACACCCACACAUUCCCAACUGCUUCACCCUUUUCCCAAGAAACACUGCUACAUGACAUAAUACUUCUGUUCCUUUACUUAUGAACGUGCUGAAAAAAACAAGAUACCAUUUUAAUAUUCAAGGAAGGCUGU